AUGACUCGAGCAAAUAAAAGACGUGAGGCGAUUCGAGAACAAUCGGAGAACCCAAAUAUCACAUUUCUUAAGCGAAAAAGUUUGUGGUUCAGAAGGCAAGUUAACAACUUUAGAGCUGAAAUCGAGGAACACAGCCUACUUGGAGCGGAUGAAUCCAGUAUAAUUGUAAAACUGGAGCAGUUGGAAAGAAUGCAGGUGCAAUUUGAAGAGGAACAGUCGCAGCUGGAGAAGGAAGACAACGCCGAAAUUGAGAGCGAAACGCGUAUGGAAUUCCUCGACUCAUUUAUAUUUGUCAAAGCUGCUGUUACGAAAAGCCUUGGAUCACGUUCUUCCACGUUCGCACAAUCCUCCACUCGUCGGCAGUCGACGAUGGAAGAACAUUCCGCAGUGCCCUCCAUCACGGUGGUCCCAAGAUCUCGUUUGCCACCGUUGCAGUUACCCCGAUUCAGUGGAGUAAUUACGGAAUGGCCAGACUUCUGGGCAAUGUUCAGUGCAGUCGUGGAUAAGGAGACGAACUUGUCAAGCGUCGAGAAGUUUCAACACCUAAGGUCGUGCGUAAGUGGAAUCGCUUUAGAUGCUAUUCGGUCUUUGAAAAUCAACGCGGAAAAUUAUGAAAAGGCGGGUGUUGCAGAAGGUUCCGCAAAUGGCUUACGAGAGCUCAGCGAUAAAAUUGGUAGUCAUCUUCGGGCACUACAAACAAUUGCGACUAACGACGAAGUACUGAACGGCAUUCUCAUCCAUAUUGUCACCACCAAAUCAGAUGUUGAAACACAAUCCAAGUGGGAAGAGCAUGCACCGAUUAACGAGCUACCUUCGUGGGACUUGAUGUCUAAAUUUUUGGAAAGAAGAGUACGUAUAAUGGAGAGCGUUGAAAAAACUACAUUCAGGUCAGGAAAACAGGUGAAUCAUAAAAAGAAUUCCAUUCGUAAACAAUCAUUUGUCACCGCCAGUCCUGCCAAAGGGUGCACAUUUUGCAAUGGUAUAGAGCAUUUCAUUUCCACGUGCCCUUUGUUUCUAAAUCUAUCACCUUCGCUGCGCUUCAAGGAAGCCAAAAGGUUACAGCUUUGUAUUAACUGUUUGCGAAAAGGCCAUAUCGUGAAAAAUUGCAAAUCCAGCAAUUGCAAAAGUUGUUCAGGCAAACACAAUACCUUGCUUCACUUGUCGUCAAUCGCUCUUCCUGUUCUCGAGGAGGCAGUCGCAUCUCCGGAGACAAAAACGGCUCUUAUUGCAGACUCCAAGCAGCCUGUUGCAUUCGUGUCUAAGGAGCAGGCUAUGCUAGCUACUGCUGUCGUUAUGCUAAAAAAUCGCCAUGGGAACUUCGUUCCAUGUAGAGUCUUGCUUGAUUCCACAUCGCAAUUGCAUUGUAUAACUUCUGAUAUGGCCAAUCGCUCGCAACUUAGCAAAUCUAAAUCCACAACAAUAAUUUCGGGAAUAGGAGCAUCUGAUAUUUUAUCAAAGGAAAACGUUGUCUUGUACAUGCAGGCCUCUGAUGGGUCCUAUUCCAAAUCGCUUUCGGCUGUCAUUGUGCCAACCAUCACAACAUUGCAGCCUGAGACAAAUUUGUCGAACGUUAAGUGGAAUAUUCCGGCAAAUAUCCAGUUAGCAGAUCCUUCAUUUUUUCGCCCACAGAAGAUUGACUUAUUAAUUGGUGUAAGUUUAUUCUUCGAACUGUUAUGCGUGGGGCAAAUUUGUCUGAAACAAGGCCUUCCAAUAUUGCAAAAAACAAGACUAGGAUGGAUUGUGGCAGGAAAGGUCGAAGUCGGGUCUUCGAAAGCAGUAGUCUGCGCUGCAACUUCAAGUAACUACGCGGACACUUCAUUAAACGAUUUAGUCAAAAGUUCUGUGCUCAGGAAAACAUAA